AUGGCUGAUGCAAGCCCAACGGGACUGGGAGCUAUUCUGUUGCAAACUGAUCGCACGGGGUCUACUAGAAUGGUGUGCUGUGCUUCUAAAUCACUGACAAAUACAGAAAAACGCUACUGUCAAACUGAAAAGGAAGCGCUGGCAAUCGUUUGGAGUGUAGAGCGAUUCUACAUCUAUUUGUACGGUAGAGAGUUCGAAGUAGUCACAGAUUGCAAAGCUCUUCUAUAUUUAUUUACCAAACGAUCAAAACCUUGUGCUCGAAUUGAGCGCUGGGUGUUGAGACUACAGGCAUUUGAAUAUCGAGUUGUUCACAUUCCGGGAGAGAAAAACAUCGCUGAUGUCCUAUCUCGAUUGAGUACUUUAGACGCAAAACCAUUUGAUCCAGCCGAAGAACUUAUGAUACAGCAUUUGGCCAUAACAGCGUCUACAGCAGUAGCUAUCAGAUGGGAAGAAUUGGAAGAAGCCUCUGAAAAGGAUAUUGAAAUUGUGGAAAUUCUGCGUGGUUUGGAUAAUUCAGAUUCAAAUUCGCUUCCGCUUUCCUAUCGUAUGAUUGCCAAUGAACUUUGUAGAGUUGGGAAAAUUUUACUGCGAACUGACAGAAUUGUAAUACCAUCGGGUUUACGGAAUCGAGUUCUACAAAUUGCCCAUGAAGGUCACAUAAGAUCAAGGAUGAUGAAACAGCAUCUUCGAAGUUCAGUUUGGUGGCCAAAAAUGGACACGGAUGUCGAAACAUUCGUAAAAUCAUGUCGAUCCUGUGUUUUGGUGUCAGCUCCAGAUCCUCCAAUACCAAUGAUCCGCAAGGAAUUGCCUUGUAGACCAUGGCAAGAUAUUGCGAUAGACUUUUUAGGUCCACUUCCGAAUGGGGAGAAUCUCUUAGUUGUGGUCGAUUAUUACAGUCGUUACGUCGAAGUAUCAGAAAUGAAAAAUACUACUGUUUCAGAAACAAUAACUGUUUUAGCAAAAAUAUUCAGCACAUUUGGAUUACCAAGCACGAUUCGAGCAGAUAAUGGGCCACAAUUUAAUGCAGGAUGCGAAGAAUUCAAAUUGUUCUGUCAAGAAAAUGGAAUACAGCUCAUCAAUACGAUCCCUUAUUGGCCUCAGCAAAAUGGGGAAGUAGAACGUCAGAAUCGAUCCAUCUUAAAGAGACUGCGAAUUGCAAAUGACCUAGGUCAAAACUGGAGAAGGGUUCUGCAUCAAUAUCUUCUAUCCUAUCAUUCUACCACGCACCCCACCACUGGCAAAACACCUGCUGAACUGAUGUUCGGGAGAUGUAUCAGAAACAAACUUCCUCAAGUCCCACGUUUCUCUCACCAAGAUGAAGAAAUGCGAGAUCAAGAUCGAAUUCAAAAGGAGAAGGGGAGGAUCUACGCGGAUAAGAAAAGGAGAGCUUGUUCUAAUGAUAUUCAGGAGAACGAUCGCGUACUAGUGAAGCGGUUUCGAAAAGAUAAUAAAUUGAGUACCGAGUACGAUCCUGAAGAAUACAUUGUCGAGCACAGGUCAGGAGCAGAUGUUCGGGUUAAGUCAACGGCAAGCGGCAAGGUGUAUCGUCGGCAUAUAAGUCACCUCAAGAGACUAUCAUCACCAGAAAGGGCGUUAGAUGUCACGAAUUCCCAGACUAUGUCUCAGUUAAACUCACCAACUCCGAAAACAAGCGUUUCAAAUCCACAACCAAAUUCUGGAGUUGACAGUGAACAAUCGUUGCGAGAGGGACGUUGCAGGAAAGAGCCAUUGCGUUUCAAAGAUUAUCUUAUGCAUUAA